AAAGUUAUGUUUGAAUAGCAAACGCUAGCUGGAAGGCGGGGCAUUACAUGCGCUGGCCGAACACACCUAACCAUGGAUUUCUCAGACACAUUCAGUCCAGUGAAAGAUUAGCAGAAGCAGAUAAACACGGACGGUAAUGGUCGGCCCUGUGUUUCCACUCCGGCGUAGUUUUCAAACCUGGUUCCUGGGCAUGCGAAAGGAUUGUUCCAUUUCUACGUCAAAGCUUUCGCUAUGAAACACCAAAACGCAAACGCACGGCGCGUGGUCUCUUUCAGGUACCGUCCCGGGAAGAACGGCUCGUCCAAACAACGCAAUGCGCUGACUGAGCGCUGUAAAACAGCCGCCGCCGAGCGCCAGAUCCAGAAGCUGAAGACGCACGAGAAUGGAAUCAGAGACCAGGAGAAGUCGCAGGGGUUGACGGCGGUGUUGGACGAGGAUGGCGUCUGUGUUGUGCUUCUGGAACCCGGGCAGAAACUGACUUUCACUGGAAAAUGUAGCCUGACCUGCUUGUACGGCAGUGUGCGAGUGUUUGGCCUUACGAUCGUCAAAAACCAAAAAGCCUAUGACUUGUUUUCUCCACAUACGCAUAGCCCUCUGUCCAUUGAAGGACUCAAGUAUAAGAAACCGCUGAAAACAAAAAAGGAAAUUCGUAUGGAAGUACGAGCGUUGCUGAGAGGAUACCUGUCAAUUGAGUACCGGCGUACAGUAAUGAAAAGCUUCACAGUGUCAAGUUCUGUUAUAUUGCUGGAACGCUUAGAAGAUUCCACAACAAGUUUUAUUCUCAGUCAUGCAGAUUAUACCAAUGUAUUCUCUACAAAAGUGAAAGAAAGAAGUACUUCCUUCACAAACAAUGCAGUUUUAUACUCUAUUGGUGUUGAGAAUCAUGAUCCAGAAAGCGGCUUUAGAAUGUCAGAAGAUUGGCUUUCAGCGGUCAAAACAUUAGUUAAUUCCUGCCUUGAAGAAGACAACGGCUGCCCUGUCAUUCUUGUAUGUGGCUCUAAAAAUGUUGGAAAAUCAACUUUUAUUCGCUAUCUGAUGAACCAGUUGUUAAACCACACCUCUUCUGUUGGCUACUUGGACUGUGAUCUGGGACAAACAGAAUUUACUCCUCCUGGAUGUAUAUCUUUGAUGAGCAUAACAGAGCCUGUUCUUGGUCCACCAUUUACCCACCAACAAAAAGCACAAAAAAUGGUGUACUUUGGAGAAACAUCCUGCGAGCAAGAUAUGGAACGGUUUGUGGAAUCUGUUAAAUAUGUCAUUACUUCAUAUAAAAGAGAUGAGCCGCUAUUAAUUAAUACCAUGGGAUGGGUUAAAGGGUUUGGAUUGCUACUUCUAAUUGAUAUAAUACGUCUCCUGUCACCAAGCCACAUAAUUCAGAUCAAUGCUAAAGGCAGUGUUGAUAUGGAACCUCUGACUCAGAAGUACGUUCAGAAUGCACCCGGAUUUCUGACAAAGGGCAAUUCCACAGCCCGGAGAAAAGCCAGAGAGUUUGACUCUUCAGAGGAUGAACAAGUGCAGGACUGUUCAGAAUACUUGUAUUUCCGCUCUUAUCCUGGACAUCAUUUAAUUACCAUUGAGACCGAUUUUUCUGGGGCAGGAGAAGCUGGUAAUGUGCGGUGCCACAGUGGAAUUCUGCGUGAUCUUGCAAUGCUCGGAUACCUAAGCAAGUUGCAACAUUUUCAUCCUGAAAAAAUCAUUCCAAUUAAUAGCUUAAUACCAUAUGAGGUGCCUUUUAAUGCAGUAGCGUUGCGUGUUGCACAUUCAGAUGUGGCCCCAUCUCAUAUCAUGUACUCUGUCAAUGCUAGCUGGGUUGGUCUCUGUCGAAUACUAGAUGAUAUACAUAAUGAGAAUGACGGACCAGUUAUAUUAACACAAACCCCCAUCUGCGACUGCCUUGGAUUUGGAAUUGUUCGGGGUGUCAAUAUGGAAAAAAAGGUUUACUAUGUACUUACACCAUUGGUGCCUGAGUCCUUAAGACUGGUAAACUGUCUACUAAUAGGAAACAUCUCCGUACCACAUGCCAUCUUCAAAAAUCAGCCUGGUGCUAAAGGAGCAAUCCCUUAUGUAACCUCGGAGUAUGAUUUUACAGUUUUCGGAGCUGGGAAAAUGAAGAGAAACAAACAGUUAAAAAGGAGAGAACAUAAGUAGAGCCAAUUUAAGAUUUUUUUUAUACUGUCUUGGACUGCCGUACUUUGCCUUAAAAAACUGUUUGUGUAAAUUAUUCACAGUUGCUCAAAGUCAAAUAUUUACAGCUAUGUAAAUAUUUAUUUCCUGUAUUUCCUCUUCACAUUCACUGCUGGCUGUCACAGUAAAGGCAAGUAUUGAUCCCACAAAUCGGAUAAAUUGUUGCUCCCUACAUUUUAGAGAAGCGGUAUCAAAGACAUCUACUAGCUGCAGUUGUUGACAUCCCUGUUACAGAGCACCAUUCUACAUAAGCCCGGAUGCAAAUAUUGACUUUUCACUGUAAAAAGGCUAUUUUAUAUAUUUUGUUUUUUUAUUGAUAUUACACUUAGCGGCACAUUUAUCAAAGGUUGAAUUUCGAAUUCAUGUGAGUUUUUAAAAACUCCCCUAAACUCUCAUGAAUUCGAACAAUUUAUUAAAAAACAAAAUGUAAAACUCGGGUGAAUUAAAUCGAUUAAUCUAAUUAAUUUGAUUCAAAUUUAAAAAACUCAGAUGUCAGGAAGGCUGCAAAAAACUCCAAAAUGAUCCCUGGACCUCUUCCAUUGAGUUAAAGAGCAAUUCGGCAGGUUUUAGGUGGAGAAUAGUCUAAUUCAAGUUGUUAAAGGGCCAGAGUAUAAUAAAUCUAAAAAAUCUAAUUAAAUUUUUUUUAAAAACUUGAAUCGAAUUUGAAUAACUCCCUAGUCGAAUUUUACAGUUUUGACCAUAAUAAAAACUUGAAAAUCGGAAUUUCAAAUUCUAAUUUUCACUUCGACCCAUAAUAAUUCGGCCCCUUAAAGGGACUACAAAAGAAAAAAAGCCAAAUGUUACAAUAAUAUAUCCUACCAUUAUAUAGACCAAAACUUCCUGACUGUAAUGGGGUAGGUGGCACUCUGCCUGUGCUAGCAGUGUGUUUAUUCUUUACUUAGUAGUCAACAAUUGUGCAUUAGAAUAUUGCCCCUUCUCCUUAUUCUGUGUAUUAAGGGAGAACGAAAGGUAAAGUAAAAGUAUAACUUCAGUAUCGCUCUAUAGCAAGCGCGCUGCUUCAGAAUAGCGAGUCUCUCAGCUGGACGACAUCACCAAAAUAAGUCUGUUUCCUCCCCAGUGCCAGGGCAGCCUUGAGUCUCCAUGUGCAUGCUUAAAAAGAUUAAAAGAUCCUCCUAUUCACGGUGAUAGCUUGAGUCAAGGGCAGUGAUUCUUCACACAUGCAUGCUAGGAAGGUAGUGUAACUAAGAUUGUGGCAGCGUUCCGAGACAAAGCUUGUGAACUUUGAUCAACCCAAAUUAAUUAUUUACUUUGUUUUGAGGGCUAAAAACAUACCGAGGGGUCACAAUUAUUUUACAACUUUUAUAGUGUGAAAUGGUUAGUUGUUACCUUUCGUUCUUCUUUAACUGGAAUCGGCCCUGCUUUACUUUAAGUACAUUUUUAUGGAUUACUGGGAAGGAAGAUCUGGCAUACCCAUAAACGCAUAAUGUACAACUGAAAAUCCAUGUAUGGAUUAUUUUUAGAAUUAUUAGGAAUUACGUGGGACUUGGUACUUUUAAAAAUGUUUUGGCCAUAUAUAAAGUAGCACGUUAAUGUAAUUACUAAGGAGAAUAACGCCACUGUAGGCCAAACACCAUUUUACAGGACAGAAAACUUUGCACUGUUAGGGCAAUGGUACAGGGAUGGUUGAGUCUUUUGUCCCAUGGGGCACUUAACAAAGAUCACAAAAUCUGCACCCCUCACCCAUUCAACGCUACUGUGAUCACCUGCAACAUUAGGUGCACUUGCUUCUGAGAAGAUAGUUGCUUGAAAUGCAUUAGUCCUGAAAAGAGAGUACUUCAAAAAUAUUUUUUAAUAAAGUGGUGUGUUUUUUUGUGCAGAGUCAGAACAUCCUUUCCUGGUCUGUGAGAUAGUGUCUCUGAUAUACUAUACAGUUUGGAAUGGAAUGCUGUAACAUACACUUUCUUAGUGGACAUAAACCCUCGCAUAACUUUUUUAGAGUGCUCUUUAGAGCACUUUUGCUAUUUACAUAAAUAUGCUUUUGUUUUAGGAUUUCAUGAUAUUAGCAGUUUUACACAGCUUAUGUCCGUGAUCCCCAACCAGUGGCUCUCAAGCAACAAGUUGCCCAUCAACCCAUUCAAUGUUGCUCUCAAUGGCCAUUAAAGUUGGUGCUUUUUUAUUAAUUCCUGCCUUGAAGGCAAGUUUUGGUUGUCUAAAAACAAUGUGAACUGCCAAAUGGAAUAUCCUUUAGGCUGCCAGUUCACAUAAGUGCUACCAAUAGCGAAUCAGACUGUAGCUGCAUGCUGGGACUGAUGUGAAUGAUGAACAAUCAACAUAAAGCACUGCCUCUGCGCUAUAGAAAUAACAUAUGAAUGAUGAUAACAUUAGCAUAAUAAUGCAUGUAAAUUGCACAGAAAAGAAGUUUGAGCAACAUGAACUUAUAUGUAUGGUAUAUGGUCUGGUCCGCUAUAAAGAGCCAUUAAUGCCAAAAUAUAAUUGUCUGUGCUGACAAUUUCUUAUCCAAUUCUCAUAUAAUGGUUUCUUUCAAAACUAAGUUUUUUCUGUAGCUGUUUUUUAUGUUUUCCAAAAAAAAAAAAAAAAUUUAAAAUCCCAUCAGGCCAACAAUGAAAUAAGCCUCAAGUGGCUCACCAAAUAGGUGGCCAAAUCUAGAGAUCCCCAAAUGAGUAGAUACCAGUGUACAUGCCCAGCUUUACUGUGUCAAUACCCCUGAUAACCCUUUGCUGUCGGUGGGAUGUGCAGUUUAUGAACAUCUGAAGGACCUUCACCUGCCCAUGCCUAAAUUACAGGCAUCUUUGGCUUCCCAUAACUAUAUAAAUAUUCUGUCUCCGAUCCGAGUGAUGCAAAGUAACUGUGUGUGCUCUGUAUAAAUGCACACAGUUGCAUUUGAAACUUUUAUAUGUUACAUUAUACUAAGCAUGGGAGAAACUUUGUACAGGUAUAGGAUCCAUUAUCUAGAAACCUGUUUUCCAGAAAGCUUCAAAUUAUGGGAUAGCUGUCUCCCAUAGACUCUUAAUCAGAUAAGUAAAAAUUUUAAAAAAUUUCCUUUUUCUCUAUAAUACUAAGAGUAUCCUAAACUUGAUUCAAACUUAGAUAUAAUUAAUCCUUAUUGGAAGCAAAACCAGCCUGUUGGGUUUAUUUAAUGUUUAAAUUAUUUUUUAGUAGACAAAGUAUGGAGAUCCAAAAGAUCUCUUAUUCGGAAAACCCCAGGUCCUGUGCAUUCUAGAUAACUGGUCCAAUACCUGUACAUGCAAAGCUCAACAAUACAUUCAGUAGUCGCUUUGGUUUUACUCUUGUCUGUAUGCAAACUCUCUGCUGCCUACCCUUCUCAUGUUUGCCAGUGUUCUGUAACUUGGCCAGAAAAUAUAUUUGUUGGAAUAAUUAUAUUGCCAUUGCUACAUUUGUCUUUAUUGUUUUGCUCUGCACAUUACAGUUCAUUAGGUCUUCGAUGCAUCAUAUCUUUGGUACGAUAUGAAAAAUGAAGCUGUGAAUGCAUGUAUUAACUUUAACCCUCUUGGCCUUACAUAUAAGUUAGUAUUUGUGAAUGGCCCUAAGAUUCACACCAGUUCGUUCAAAUCUAUCAAUUGGCCAUUGUACAGGUAUUAAAUGUAUUUAUGCAGGAUGAGUUUCCCGUUGUGCUUUUGAGCAUGGACUGGUGAGUUAGUGAUACAGUCUUGAAUAAUUUAUGUACCAUUAUGUCUUUGUGCCAUAGAGAUACCAUGAGGCAGAUAUGUUAGAUGAUAUGUUCCCUUGGAAAAAUAUCAGCCAUUCCAAUGUAAAUGUAUUGCAUGGCUGGUAUUUGGCUGGAUGUGCCAGCUUAUUAUACCUGGGCAUCACAUAUAAAGCCUUACUGUAAGAGGGUUAUUUAUUUUGUUUUGCUUGGGAGAUAAAUGAAUGUCCGAUUGUCCAUUGUUGGAUUUAUGCUAAUUCAUCCCACUUCAGAGGAAAGAAACCCACCAGAUUCCAGCAGAUAAUGUACUUUGUUCCAGGCCAUUUCUAAGGCAAAUAUAGUUGCGUUUAUACUUAUGUUUAUACUUACUUAGCAGUUGGGCAUCUCCUAUCUUGUUAGACAAUGUUACAUGGCUGCAAUCAAAUACAGAAAAUCAAAUAUCCAUUCAUAGUUGGGAAUGGAUGCUAUUUUAAAAGGCAUAUGACAUUUUAUGCUCUAAUUUGUAUAAAUAUUUUGCUAUUGAGCACUUAAAGGCAGUAUUUGGUUUAUGCAGCUGAAUUUAGAAUUUUAGUACAAAUAUGACAUGGUUUUGUUUUGUUAUAUAAAUGUAAGUGUGCAUAUUUCCUGGGUUUGCAUUACCAUGAAUAAAAUUCAAAGUGAAACUUUUAUCUAAA